GGCGGCGCAGCCACGAGAGCCCACGAGACGUGUCCCUCCACAAAAACCAUCGCCCACGACCCGCCGCCCCGCCGCGCCGAUACCGCUCGCUCCCGACCGCGGCGAGCCCCACCCAAAGCCAAGCAGCAGCCAUGGCGCGGCACCUCGCGCCUUCCUCGGGAAGCCUCCACCGCCUCCUCGCGUCCCGCCACUACCCUCCCUCCUCCCAGGCGCCGCCUCCCCGCCCGCUCCUCCUCCCGAAGCCCCUAUCGGCGGCUAUGCAGCUCCAGCGACGCGGGCGGCGCGGUGUCGUCAUCGCCGCCGCAGCCGCCUCCCCGCCGUCCCCAUCUUCUCCGCGGACGGAGGUGGCGGAGGGGCCUGCCUGGGGGAAGGUCUCCGCUGUGCUCUUCGACAUGGACGGCGUGCUCUGCAACAGCGAGGAGCCCUCGCGGCAGGCUGGCGUCGACGUCUUCGCGGAGAUGGGCGUCGAGGUCACCGUGGAUGAUUUCGUCCCCUUCAUGGGCACUGGUGAGGCGAAUUUCCUUGGAGGUGUCGCAAGAGUAAAAGGAGUAAAAGAUUUCAAUCCUGAAAUUGCCAAAAAGAGAUUUUUUGAGAUAUAUCUUGACAAGUAUGCAAAGCCAAAUUCUGGCAUUGGUUUUCCUGGGGCAUUGGAGCUCAUCAUGGAGUGCAAAAAUGCCGGUCUUAAGGUUGCUGUUGCAUCCAGCGCUGAUAGGAUUAAGGUGGAUGCAAAUCUGGCUGCUGCUGGUUUGCCUGUGUCUCUAUUUGAUGCCAUUGUUUCUGCUGAUGCAUUUGAAAAUUUGAAGCCUGCCCCGGACAUAUUCCUGUCGGCAUCAAAGAACUUAGGUGUUGACACAAGUGAGGUUGUGUGGAGACAGGCGGCGAAGGUGGAACUGCGAUGGUCGGCGAAGUGCAUUGUGAUAGAAGAUGCGCUUGCUGGUGUUCAAGCUGCAAAAGCUGCGGAAAUGAGGUGUAUCGCUGUGACGACUACUCUAGAGGAAGAUGCAUUACAACAAGGCAGUCCCUCGCUCAUAAGAAAGAACAUUGGAGAUGUUUCAAUUAACGACAUUUUUUAUGGUGGUUCUAAUGCUCGCCACAUUAAUGCAGAUGAUGGGGCAGAAAGUUCUGAGAAUAGUAGUUCCAUAGGAAAUGCUUCACCUGAGAGUCUGAAUGGGGCAACUAAUGCUGGAUUAUCUGGCACAAAAAGUUCUCCAAUCUCAAAAACUGAAGGGUUGUUGGGUUCUCGACGGGAAAUAUUGAGAUAUGGAAGUCUGGGAGUAGCCGUUUCCUGUCUUUUUGUUGCAGCCAGAAAUUGGAAGGCAAUGCAGUUUGCAUCUCCCAAAGGGCUGCUGAAUUUUUUCGUGGGUGGAAAUAGUUCAAUUUUUGUUAAUAAUGAAGGAGAUUCACUGUCAUCAAGAGCUCAACAAAUAAAGAAGUAUUUAGCUGAUUUUGAAUUUGGGGGUUCUGCCACAUAUGCUCCUGAGUUUCCACGAAAGCUUGACUGGUUGAAUACGGCCCCGCUUCAGUUUGGAAGAGAUUUAAAAGGAAGGGUGGUACUGCUGGAUUUUUGGACCUAUUGCUGCAUCAACUGCAUGCAUGUCUUGCCAGACCUGGAGUUUGUAGAGAAGAAGUAUAAAGACAAACCUUUCACUGUUGUUGGUGUGCACUCUGCCAAAUUUGAUAAUGAAAAAGACCUUGAUGCUAUUCGUAAUGCAGUUCUGCGCUACAAAAUUACUCACCCGGUUGUAAAUGAUGGUGACAUGUACUUGUGGAGAGAACUCGGUGUGAACUCUUGGCCUACAUUUGUUCUUAUUGGACCCAACGGAAAGGUUCUAGCACAGAUAUCAGGCGAAGGUCAUAGAAAGGAUCUUGAUGAUGUAGUUGGUGCAGCACUUGAAUUUUAUGAAGACAAGAAAUUAUUACGGAAUGAUCCCCUUCCAUUGGCAUUGGAGAAGGACAAGGAUAGUCGUUUACUAACUUCACCUCUAAAAUUUCCUGGGAAACUUGCACUUGAUGUGGAAAACAAUCGAGUAUUUAUAUCAGACAGUAAUCAUAAUCGAAUUGUGGUGACCAAUUUGGAAGGGCAGUUCAUAUGCCAAGUUGGGAGUUCUGAAGAGGGACUGCUUGAUGGCCCAUUUGAUGCUGCCCUAUUUAACCGCCCUCAGGGUCUUUCUUAUAAUUCCAAAAAGAAUAUCUUAUAUGUUGCAGACACUGAGAACCAUGCACUGCGAGAGAUUAAUUUUGUGGAUGAGACUGUGAGAACACUAGCUGGAAAUGGGACUAAAGGCUCUGAUUACAAAGGAGGAGGUCAAGGAACUGAUCAGGUCCUAAAUUCGCCAUGGGAUGUCUGCUAUGAUCCGUCACAGGAGACUGUUUAUAUUGCAAUGGCUGGGCAGCACCAAAUCUGGAAGCACAACAUCCGUGAUGGUGUAACCAAUGUUCUUAGUGGUGAUGGCUACGAGAGAAAUUUAAAUGGCUCAAGUGCCUUCAGAACAUCAUUUGCACAACCUUCUGGGAUUUCAUUGGCUCCUGGAAUCAUUAUCACAGAAUUGCAGGAGUUAAUUGUUGCUGAUAGUGAAAGCAGUUCCAUUCGAGCUGUUAAUCUGAAAACAGGAGGCUCAAGAUUGCUAGCUGGGGGAGAUCCAGUAUUUCCAGAAAAUUUGUUUAGGUUUGGAGAUUAUGAUGGGACUGGCUCAGAUGUGCUCCUCCAACAUCCAUUGGGUGUUGUAUAUGCCAGCGACAAUCAAGUAUAUGUAGCCGAUUCGUACAAUCACAAGAUAAAAAGGCUAGAUCCUGUCACGAGAAAAGUUACAACUGUUGCUGGUACUGGACGCGCAGGAUACAAGGAUGGUCCUGGCUUGUCAGCUCAACUUUCUGAGCCAGCAGGACUUGUUGAAGUUGGAGAUGGAAGGCUUCUUGUAGCAGAUACAAAUAACAACGCGAUCAGAUAUAUAGCUCUUAGUGAGAAAGGUGCAGAGGUGAAGACACUAGAUUUGAUUGGCGUGCAGCCGCCGUCACCAAAACCAAAGACAUUGAAACGCCUAAGACGGCGGCUAUCAGUAGACACAGAUGUUAUUAAUGUUGAUGGUGGUUCUUCAAUGGAAGGAUUCUUGUCUCUUGCAAUUACAGUACCUGAUGGUUACCAUUUCUCCAAGGAAGCUCGCAGUAAAUUUGAUGUGGAAACAGAGCCAGCUAAUGCAAUUGAGAUUGAGCCGGCAAAUGGUUUUCUAGACUCCGAAGGGCUGGCAUCGCUGAAGUUCAAAAGGAUAUCAUCGUCGUCGUCAUCGAUGGGAAGGAUAAACUGCAAGGUCUACUACUGUAAAGAAGAUGAAGUUUGUCUAUAUCAAUCCGUUGCUUUUGAUGUCCAAUUCCAUGAAGGGACAGAGCCCAGUCCUGCGCAAAUUACUUUAUCCUAUUCUGUGACUCCAAGAGAUAAUUCAGGUGGUGCGCAAUUAAUUGCAGGUAGAAAGAAUGCCAAGGUAUAGUCAGAUUCACGUUGUUAAGUUUACUUGUGUCGUUGUAUUUAUUGUCAAUUCCUUGAAGAAAAUGUAUAUAUAAUCAAUUUGGCUCCAGGCCCGCUAUGCUAAGUGGGGGGUUGCCUUUUUUUUGGCCAAAGUUCCAGCUAAUUUCCCUUGUAUGUUGUAUAGCUGACAUGCUUCUUGUAACCCAGCUGCAUUGUUUUUGCAAGUCUUAUGUCUCCCUUUGCUGGGCAACAAAAUUAAUAGAUUAGGAUGUUGUAGUUCAUUGAUUGCUUGGAACACUGUAUGGAGUCCAUUUGAUGGAAUCCUGUUAAGUCUAAUAAUUGAUGAACGUUUGGUUGCAUUGAACAAA